AGAACCGAAGAACCAGAUUCAAAUGACAUAAUUUCCACCGCCUUUAAGAAAAGAGAAAGAGAGAGAGAGCCACCGCGUGUUCUUCUCACUUCCGUCUUCUAAUCGACAAUCGCCCUCCAUUUCUGCUCUGUUGUGCUGUGGAAGUAUUCUGCAAUUUGCGGUAUUUGAGUGGAAUUAGAGAAAGAAGAAGAAAUGCAUUUUGAGUUGGUGGAUAUACACCCUCGUGAAGUCAAGUUCAUAUUUGAACCAAGGAAGCAAAGCUCAUGCACUACUCAAUUAAUCAACAAGACAGAUAAAACUGUUGCUUUUAAGGUCAAGACCACUAAUCCAAAGAAGUACUGUGUCCGACCAAAUGCAGGCAUUAUUAGUUCCAAAUCAUCAUGUGAAUUUAAGAUUAUUAUGCAAGCACAACAGGAACCUCCUCCAGAUAUGGUAUGCAAAGACAAGUUCUUAGUUCAGAGCAAAGUUGUCCCAGAUGGUACUUCUGAUAAAGAUAUCACUUCAGAGACAUUUUCCAAAGAUGAUGGCAAGUAUGUCCAAGAGAACAAACUAAGGGUGGUUCUUGUUAGUCCAAACAAGUCACCAGUAACAUCACAAGUUGAUGGAGCACGCAGCAUUCCACUGAAUAUUGAAUCUUCUCCACCAAAAUGGUUGGGAGAUUUUAUAGAUGGUGAACCCCAGGCCACGCGACAAAAGCCAGCCAACAAAGGGGUUAAACAGGAAUAUCAAGUGGAUCAUGUGGAAGAAAAAUUUCCAGAGAUUGACCACACAAAGGAUGUGGAAAAAGCAAAACGUGGCAAUGAUAUCAAUGCAAGGAAGUCAGUGGAAACCAAUCUCUACUCACCAGUGAUAUUGCAAACUGAUGGAGGACAUGGUCACCCAGUGGAUUUUGAAUCUUCUCCACCAAAAUGGUUAGGAGAUCAUCUCAAUGUUGUAACCCAACUUCCGCCACAAACACCAGCUGAGGAGGCAGUUGAACACUCUCAAGAGGAGUCCGUGGAAGUAGAGCAUUGUGAUAUUGAAACCAUAAAGGGGGUGGAAGAAAGGGCGGAACUUGAGAAUGAGAUCAAUGCAAUGAAGUCAAUGUUGAAUGCCCUGGAGCUGAAACUAAGUGAGGCGGAAGCAACCAUUUCAAAGCUGACGGAGGAAACCAGAGUGUCUGCUCAAGAGAAAGGCAGCUUACGUGCUGAACUGGCAAAAUUGAGAGAAAGGAAAGCAGUGAGGAAAGUGGAGGUCGGGUUUCCGUUGCUGUUUGUGGUUAUGGUGGCUCUCGUAAGUCUCUUGCUUGGGUACAUUAUUAACCAACGCCACUUGAAGUACGUAUGAACCGUACUAGGAAGAUAUAACCAAGGGA